CUACUAUCCGUUACGAUGUUUCUUACUUUUUCUGCUCAAAUUUCAAAUUUCAAACUCUCUACCAUUCUUAAGCCGGAGCUCUUUCUCCCUAAACCCACAACCCAAACCCCUCUCUCUCUCUCUCUCUCACUCUCGUCUUGCAGGAGAUCAUAUUCUGACUUCCCCCAAACAUUUUCUGGGAAACACACUCUGUUGCUAUCUAACGCACAUCCGUUCUGUUUUCUCAAAUGGGUGCCUCAGUAAAAUGGAUAAAAUCACUAAUCGCUUUAAAGAAGCCCCACACAACCACCAACUACGAAAAGGCCGGGGAUAAGACCAAGAAGAAAUGGAGGCUAUGGAGGAGUUCGUCAGAGGGCAUGAAGAGAGGCCACGCGGUGGCAUCCCAGGCGUCCGAUUCUUCCUCUCAUUCUUUCAGCGCUGCAAUUGCUACUGUGGUGAGAGUUCCGCCCAAAGAUUUCAUGGUGAUCAGGCGAGAACGGGCUGCCAUUCAGAUCCAAACCGUGUUUCGGGGAUUCUUGGCAAGACAAGCUUUGAGGGCAUUGAAAGCAGUGGUGAGGCUUCAAGCUAUAUUCCGUGGUCGGCAAGUUCGGAAACAAGCUGCUGUUACACUGAGUUGCAUGCAAGCUCUUGUUCGAGUUCAAGCUCGUGUAAGGGCACGGUGUGUGAGGGUGUCCCCAGAAGGGCUAGCUGUGCCCCUUGCUGAUCCUGUGAAGCAAGCAGAGCAAGGAUGGUGUGCUAGUCCAGGAACCAUUGAUGAAGUUAGAGCAAAGCUGCAAAUGAGGCAAGAAGGUGCUGUGAAGAGGGGGAGAGCAAUUGCAUACGCGCGCUCUCAACAGCAAUCAAGAUUGACUGCAACUCCAAAUUCAAUAAGCAGCAAACCAGUGACUUCUCUCAAGCAUCAUAGACUUGAUAAGAACAACUCGGGAUGGUGCUGGAUAGAAAGCUGGAUGGCAGCCAAACCCUGGGAAAGCAGAUUGAUGGAAGAAAAUCAUACAGACCCCCCAGAAAAGACUCCAUUGUCUAGGAAAAGCCAAGAUCGACUUCUCAAUUUUCAUUCCUAUUCUCCAGAUCAUGAUUCAGUGAAAGCCAUAAGGUACAAUGGCACAACCAGGAUUUUUACUAAACCACUUACAGCUGGUCAAAUUAGUUCCUCAUCUUCUGCCCCAAGUUCCGAAUCUCUUUAUGAUGAGAGCUGUGCAUCAACUUCAUCUACGUCUGCAUCUCCAACUCUAGCAUCUAGUAACACUCUCAUGAUGGAAACGCUUGAAGAAAGGAAUAUCCACGCACCUAGCUACAUGUAUCUCACAGAGUCAACUAAAGCUAAGCAGAAAGCUUACAAAUAUCUUUCUCACAGUAUGCAGAGGCAUUUUAUGGAGGAUUUUAUGUUCCCUAGUAAACCAAUGGUAGUUUCCAAUGGAGAUACAAGGAGCAGUGCGGGUUCUAAUUGUUCAGUUAAUUUGAGCAGAGAUGUGUACCCUACUUCAAUGCAAAAUAAUCCAUUAGGUACACAUGGGCGGGUAAGACAUCAGCAGUACUAAUUAAGACUUGUCAUAGGGACUAAGAGAGGCUUAGCCAAACUUCAAUGUCCAAGUUCCUUGAGUUCAACAGCUUGUUGCGCCAUAUGAUUCUGAAGCUAGCUGUUCAAGUGCUAAGAGACACAUCAAUGGACCAGAUUUACCCAACAAACAAAAGGUGAACUGGUUUGUAUAUGAACACCGGAAGUAGAUCAGAUACUAUGAGCAACUGUGUUCAUAGAAUUGAAGCAUGACCCUAUAGUAUUUUCGAAUUUUGUUCCGUAAAGAUUGAAUGACAUUGUCUUGUCUAGGACUUCACAUACAAGGUUUGUUUGUUUGUUGUAUGUAAAAUGUGGCGUGUAUAGAAAUGAUGCUAGCUAAUUGAGAUGUAUGCAUUUGAAUGAACAAAUAGAAAUUUCAGGGGAAAUAGCACUUGUGAUGUUGCUACUUAGAGUAUGGAUAUUAGAGUGACUGCGUUCGUGGAAUUUGUUAUGGCUAUGAAUCUUCAGAAUAUAGUCUGUGUUAGGUGGUUUUAAUGAAAA